AUAAUAAUACUAUUUAAAAGAACGUUUGAGUUUUGCUUUUUUACUCUGUUCUUGUUCAAGACUCUUCUUUCAUCUUCAAACCUUGAUCAUCUUCUUCACAUCCACAUAACAAUCAAAUUCCUUUGUGGGUUUCACUUCUACAACCACUAUCUUCAUCUGGGUACAAUAAAAAUCCAAUCUUGAUUCUGGGUUUUGUGUUUCUUGAAUUUCACCUUUCUUUUUCAAGAAACCCUCUAAAGAUCAAGACACCCUAUAAAGAUUCUCACUUUAUACAAUCUUUCGUUAUCAAGAAGCAUAAUUGGUGAGAAAUAUUGAUGGGGUUUUUAAAAGGGUGUGUGAUAAUAAUAAUAAUCUUGAUUCCAUUCCUGUGCUGGGUUGAAUUGGUGGGUGGAAUAGGGGCUAAUUGGGGCACACAGUCAUCUCACCCACUGCCUCCAGAGACUGUGGUGAAGUUGCUGAGAGAUAAUGGAAUCCAAAAGGUGAAGCUUUUUGAUGCAGAUUAUGGUUCUUUAAGGGCUUUGGGUAAGUCUGGAAUUGAAGUUAUGGUGGGAAUUCCUAAUGAUAUGCUUGCUACUAUGGCUAGUAGUAUGAAAGCUGCUGAAAAAUGGGUUUCUAAGAAUGUUUCAGAGCAUGUUAAUAAUAAUAAUGUUAAUAUCAGGUAUGUUGCAGUCGGGAAUGAACCAUUUUUAUCAACUUAUAAUGGGACUUUUCUCGAAACCACUUUCCCAGCUCUCCAAAACAUUCAAGCUGCACUCAUAAAAGCCGGGCUCGCCACCAAAGUAAAAGUCACGGUCCCACAAAAUGCUGACGUGUACGAGAGCUCGACAGGGGUCCCCUCGAGUGGUGAUUUCCGAGCUGAUAUCCAUGAUUACAUGAUCAAAAUAACCAAAUUCUUGAACGAUAACGGGUCACCCUUCACUGUCAACAUCUACCCAUUCAUAAGCCUUUACAUCAACCCAAAUUUCCCGGUGGAAUACGCGUUCUUUGACGGGAAUGCAACUCCAGUGAACGACGGUGGGACCACGUACACUAACGUGUUUGAUGCCAAUUACGAUACCCUCGUGUGGGCCCUACAGAAAAACGGGUUCGCAAAUAUGGGUAUCAUAGUAGGAGAGAUUGGAUGGCCUAGUGACGGUGACCGGAACGCUAAUAAUCAAUAUGCUCAACGGUUCAUGCAAGGGUUCAUGACUCAUAUAGCCGGUAACAAAGGAACUCCGAUGAGAACAGGCCCGCUUGAUGUUUAUUUGUUUAGUUUAAUCGAUGAAGACGAUAAAAGUAUUCAACCGGGUAACUUUGAAAGACAUUGGGGAGUGUUUUACUACGACGGGCAGCCUAAAUACGCGCUAAACCUUGGAACAACAAACUCCGGAGCUCUGAUUCCAGCCAGUAAUGUGAAGUAUCUACAGAAAAAAUGGUGUGUGAUGAAGGAUUCAGCUAAGUUGGAUGACCCAUCCGUUGCACAGUCGGUUAGCUACGCGUGUGCACUUGGGGAUUGCACGAGCCUCGGGUAUGGAACAUCUUGUGGUGACUUAGAUGCCCGAGGGAAUAUUUCUUAUGCUUUUAACAGUUAUUACCAGAAGAAUGAUCAGGCUGAUGAAGCGUGUAAGUUCCCGAAUGUUUCGACGGUUACGAAAGAGGAUCCUUCCACAAGGACGUGCCGGUUUCAGAUCAUGAUCGAGCCGUACAUUGGUGGUGUGGAUCGAUCGGUUGGGUCGAUCGGGAGCUUGGUUGCAGGGUUGGUUCUGUUUUUGGCAUUGGUUGUGUAAGGUUGUCUCUUUUUGGUCAAUCUUUGGUGGAUGGUUUAAGGAGUAUUGAAAUUUUGGAAAUUUUCAAGAGAAAGGUUGGUGGUGGGUAGAAAUGUGGUAGAUUUGUAAGAAGGUAGUUUAAUAUUUGAGAAUGUAAAACUAGGUUGGUGUGGAAGAAGUUUGGUGUUGAACUUGGUGUUCUUUGUUAUAAGGUUAAUAUAUAGUAUGGUGAAUAAUAAAAUUUAAUUAUUUGCCAA